AAAACAUCUGAAAUGUCAUUAAAAAAUAUUCACUUGAUCUGAUCUUUGUUUUUAGAACUGCUGAAAAUGAAAGGUUGUACUGAGUAAGUCUGUUUUUUUCCUGAUCCUUCUUUUUCCAACUUUCUUCAAAUAAAACACGAAAGUACUGCCAAGGAAACAGACAGUACCGGAAGUUUACAUUUAACCCUAAAGAGGGAAUUGACAACCCACUGAUGGUACACACAGAAGAGUCAACCGCAAGACCUCGCCUGUGUGUGCUGAAGAAAGAGGAAGGAGAAUCGUUUGGCUUUCAUCUGUGCUUGGAAUGGACGCAGCGUGGUCACAUCAUUAGAAACGUGCUUUCAGGAGGGGUGGCAGCACGUUGUGGACUACAGGAUGGAGACAGGCUUCUGGAAGUCAACAACGUCUAUGUUGACGACAUUCCCCACCCGGAGGUGGCCAAGAGAAUAAGGCUGAGUGGACACCAAUUAUGUUUGUUGGUGUUGGACGGACAAGAAUAUGAAAAAGCAUGUGGUCAUAACCUGCACCAUCUUGUCAGAGCACACAAGAGCCCAGACCUCAAACCACCAAGAUUGUGUCACAUCGUCAAAGAUCCCGCCUCAGGUCUCGGUAUCAACUUCAUACCUGUAGGAGCUGAAAAAGGUUGCUUCUCUGUGAACGUGCUUCCUGGAGGGGCAGCUGAAAAGUCUGGAGUUCAGAAGGGGGAUCGCCUGCUGUGGCUAAACGGAGCAGCAGUUUCCCAUCUCACACACUCCGCACUCAGCAGGAUGAUGAAACAAUGUUGCACUUCCAUCACCGUUUUAGUGAUGGACAGCGAGAGUGAGAAGAAGUACUCCAAGUUAAAGAUGCCUAUUCUUCCAUGUAUGGCCGUUCCACAUAAGCUGCCCUACAGUUCCAGAAAACUACACUUGCUUUCUGGACCCGAAGGUUACGGCUUUCUACUUCGCUUUGAGAAGGCGCCAUCAGGACGCACAUCUCAUGUGCUGCGAAAGGUGGACGCUGGCAGCCCAGCAGAGAAGGCGGGAAUGCGGGAUGGCGAGGUGCUGCUGGAGGUCAACGGAGAGUCAGUGGAGUUGCUGCAACAUGACGACAUUGUGAAGAAAGUGAGAGAGAGUGGACAACAUACCUCACUCACAACUAUUACUCCUCAAGGCCAAGAGUUCUACACGCAGUUGGGUCUAUCACCUCUCCUCUUCUGUGAGAAUUACAUUCUUGAGAUGGAUGGCAGUGAAGGAGUCCAAGCAGCACAAGUUGACCAACAAAAGGAUUCCGGUCUUUUGGGAUUUGGUUGUGUCCCACUGCCUCCUGGCGAAGUAGGACCGCAUGUGGGUCAGGUAGUCCUGGAGGAGCAAAACCUGGAAGAUGGCAUCCUUCUGCUGAAGAAUGCACAACACAAUCUUUCCUCAAGAGUCAUGGAGAAAAUAGACUACGACACAAUGAAACAGGUGGACGCUCACACUGAGGAAGAAGACACAGAGCUCUCACGUUUGUAACUAGAUCAAAACAAACACAUUAACACUGUGAUGGGACUUUUUUUUUCUUUAAAACCCUCUGCAUCACUUUGAAGGAUGUGACAUAAAAGCUACUCAGAUAAAUCAGUUAGCUACACUGUACUGUGUUUUAUGAAAUAAAAUGUUCCUGCUUUACAGUACUGUCAUCUUUUUUUGCUGAUGUUCAUCACGUACAAUGUGAUGGAAAGCACGUUCAAUCAUCUCAAAAUAUACGUUUCCUUUCAAGACACACCUGCAGUAAAUCAUAAAUCAC